AUGGAGGACGAAGAAAAAUGCUAUUACAUAACAGAAAAGGGAAGAAAACAAAACUUCAAAAACAUAAAGCUUAUAACAUUUGACCUUGAUCAUACCAUAUGGAACAUUGAUAGUUUAUUAAAUUAUGCAGACGCUGAAUGCUACAAAUACAUGAAGAAAAAUUACAAGAGAUUGUAUGAUUAUUUACAAGAGGAAUACGAAUUGUCUAUUACAAAUUUGGUGAAAGAACUCCUUGAAAAAAAUGUAGAUGUAAACAAAGAUGGGGUUCAAAUACUAACAAGAAUCCGAGUAGAUGCAUUAAAAUAUUUAGCGAAACAGACUAAUUAUGAUGAAAUUAAAUUUUCAUCUGAAAUACAAGAGUUAUGGAAAGAGAAAAAAAAUCACGUUCAUUUAUUUAUUAGUCCUGGAACAUUAGAAUAUCUAAGAGAGUUAAAAAGUAGAGGCUACAUCUUAGGAGCAAUAACCAAUGGAGAUUCAGAUGUUAAUGCAAUUAAAUUUUUAAAUGAAAUCUUUACAUUUGUAAUUAGAUCCAUGGAUUAUAAUUAUUCAAAACCAAAUGUUGAAAUAUUUAAUAUUGCUGAAAAUAUUCUAAAGAAACAAAAUUAUAAUUUUGACAUUGAUCAAUGGUUACAUGUAGGGGAUGAUCUAUACACUGAUAUUAUGGGAGCCAAAAAUAAAAAUAUAAAUUGUGCAUGGAUAACUAUGUUUAGAAAUGGAACUGAAAUUCCACCAAAUCAAUGGUAUUCUUACUUAAAAUUGAAACUUGAAAAAAAUGGUGACACGAAACUUACACCAUAUGAUCCCUUUUCUGAUGGGUUAUUUUCCAGAUUUAGAAAAAGGAAUGUCGCUAUUCCAUACGAGUACAUAGAUAUAGAAAUACGUCAUUGUAGAGACUUGGAUGUAAUUCUGGCAUGA